AUGAAAAUUAAUUUAGCAAUAUUUUUAUUGCUUUUAUUAUUUUCAAUAUUAAACAAUUUAAAUGCUUCUGGAGGUAAGGGAAAAGGUAAAGCUCCUGAAACUUCAAGUCAACAUGACUAUAAUUUACGUUCUUCGAAAGGAAAUAGUCAUCGAAUUUUGGUCAUUGCUGCGUAUAACACAUUUAUACAAAGCCAUUACAAAUUUGCAAAACAAAUUUCUUUGAUUAUUGCGGAUAGUGAUCUAAAAGAGCAUAUUGAAUUUAUUGUAAGUUGAAGAAGUAAUGGAAUUGGAAAUUAUAGUUGAGGAGUCGUUAGUGAGCGAAAUAGGGAAUAAAUUAUUAAAAUUAUGAUUUUUUAAAAAAGUUCCAAUCUUUGGCUUUAUUGGCUGUAGCAUCUGGAGAUAUGUAUAAAUAAAAAAUUUUGAUAUUAAAGAGUUAAUUGAAUAAUAGUA